AAACAAACAAACAAACAAACAAACACAUUUAGACAAGGAUAACCAACGUUACGCAGUGGUAGAAAAUGAUGCCACUCCUUCUAACUAACUGAGGGCCACCUUUUUUCCUCAGCACCAGUGAGACGGGAUGCUGCGCAGCAGAAAGAGCCUCAGCCGGCUGCAGCGGUGGAGGCUGACUGAGAAGAGUCGACCAACGUUACACCAAAGCUCCGUCCACCACGACGCACAGCCCCGGCAGUAAGCUCCCUGAAGUGGAAGAAAAGGUUUGGUUUCGCUCGAAGGGGAAAGCGCUGGACACCGAAAGAAAUAAUGUCUAUGAAUUCCUAUUUUUGUACUUGAGGAUGUAGCCUACUGUUUACGCUGGCUAACCAGAUAGAGCGACAGAGACGAGGACCCGGACUUGAUAUUCUUAAUACCGCUGCCAUUCCGCCGUUUGGGUCGGGAGGGAGAGACACUACAGCGGUCACCACAACUAGGAUAACCUGGGAGAGAAGAACAAAAGAGACGAGAGGCGACUUUUUUUUAUUUCCGCACAGCUUUAAUGAAGAAGCAGACCUGCUAACAUUCUUGCAGAAGGGACCCUCUUCAACAAGUAUGGGGUCACCAUGGAAACCAUUUCUCCUCCUGUCUGUCAUCAGUAGCCUUUCAGACUUUGCAAGAGCUGUUGCAGCACGGCCUAUAUCAUAUGCAGCCGUGUUACGAAUGAAAGCAGACAGCUCGUCAGUGCUCAAUUCGCGCAGCAGACCUCGACAACACCACAGUGGUGGGCUGGUGACUACUGACUGGCCCGCUUUCUCCGGUCAUCCCUUGUCAGCCCUGAGUCUGCUCAGCUCUCAGGAGGACUACAGGAGUGAAGAAAGUGAAGAGUUUGGGCCUGUUUUUAUCCAUGAGCCAGACGAUGUUAUUUCUCCUUUGGAUUCUGAUGAAAAGAAAGUGGUGAUGCACUGUGAAGCACACGGGAAUCCACCACCCACAUACAGUUGGUACAUCAAUGGUUCAGAAGUGGAUGCAGAGGCAGACUAUCGCUAUAGCCUCAUUGAUGGAAACUUAAUUAUUACCAAUGCAAGUGAGAUCACUGACUAUGGGAAGUACCAGUGUAAAGCAGAGAACAGCUUUGGGACCGUCCUAGGUCGAGAAGCUCUUUUGCAGUUUGCAUAUCUCGGGGCUUUCAGUGGGAAGACCAGAGGCGGGGUUUCUGUGCGUGAAGGUCAAGGUGUGGUGCUCAUGUGUAGCCCUCCUCCUCAUUCACCAGAGAUCAUCUACAGCUGGGUGUUUAAUGAGUUCCCCUCCUUUGUUGCUGAGGACAGUCGGCGCUUCAUCUCCCAGGACACGGGAAACCUGUACAUCUCAAAGGUGCAACCCUCUGACGUAGGAAGCUACAUCUGCCUGGUGAAGAACACGGUGACCAAUGCAAGGGUCCUGAGCCCUCCAACACCCCUAACACUGAAAACCGACGGUGUCAUGGGUGAAUAUGAGCCCAAAAUUGAAGUGCAUUUCCCUACAUCUGUUCUGGCUUCCAAAGGAGUCACUGUCAGGCUUGAGUGCUUUGCUCUGGGGAAUCCAGUGCCAACAAUCACAUGGAGGAAGAUAAAUGGCAACAUCCCCAAAAAAGCAAGACUUCGGAAGUCCCAAGCUGUGCUGGAAAUUCCCAACAUUCAACUGGAGGACUCGGGAAUUUACGAAUGCAAAGCUGAGAAUCCAAGAGGAGGCACUGCUUUCAAAGGACACCUACAGGUCUACACCCUCCCUCAGUGGGUCAGAAUGAUUAAUGAUACUCAGAUGGAUAGCGGAGAGAAGCUCCAAUGGGAGUGCAAGGCCAUGGGGCGGCCCCGGCCCACCUAUCACUGGCUUCGUAAUGGUUUGCCCUUGACAUCCCAGGGUCGAGUUGAAAUAGUGAAUGGAGAACUGACCAUUCACAAAGUGCAGCAGACGGACUCAGGAAUGUACCAGUGUGUUGCAGGAAAUAAAUAUGGGACCAUCUACAAUAAUGCUGAACUCAAGAUUUUAGCACAGCCUACAUCGCAAUCCUCAUUACUUAGAAAAAACAAAGCUUCACUUUGGGCAGGACCUGCAUCAGCGUCGGCUCCUGUCUUUGUCCACAAUCCCAUACGGGUCAUUGCCACACUUGGAAAAGAUGUAUCGCUAGAAUGCAAACCCAGAGCAUCGCCCAAACCCCGGGUAACAUGGAAGAGCGGAGACAGAAGGAUACAGCAAAGUAGAAGGAUUAUGUUGUUACGGAACAAUACUCUGAGAAUUGUUAACUCCAGCCGAGCUGAUGAGGGAAGCUAUGUGUGCCGGGCAGAGAAUCAGUUGGGCUCGGCAGAGAUGACGGCCAUACUGUGGGUAAAAGAGGCCAUGCGUGUGGAGCUUAGCCCGAGCAGAGUGGAAGUGACUGUGGGGGAGAGCGUGGUGCUGAGCUGCAAGGCGACACAUGACACAUCGCUGGACGUGGCUUUCCAGUGGUUCUUCAACCAGAAACCAAUCAACUUUCAACAGGAUGGCGGCCACUUUGAAUACAUCCAAACACAGUCCUCCACAGUGGAUCUGAUGAUUAGGAGCAUUUUGUUGAAGCAUGCUGGGAAGUAUGGGUGCCGGGCCCAGACCAGUGCUGACACUGUGUUUGCAGAGGCGGAACUUCUGGUUCGAGGUCCUCCUGGACCCCCUGGAGUGGUGAUAGUGGAGGAGAUCACUGAUACCACGGCCACCCUGUCCUGGACUCGUGGCCUGGACAACCACAGCCCUAUCAGCACCUAUAAUUUACAGGCCCGCAGCCCAUUUUCAUUAGGCUGGCAAACUGUCAAAACAGACCCAGACCCAGUGACGGGGGACAUGGAGUCAGCCAUAGCUGUGGAGCUCAACCCCUGGGUGGAGUAUGAGUUCAGGGUGGUGGCCAGCAAUGCCAUCGGGACCGGAGAUCCCAGUGCGCCUUCAAGAGGAGUUAGGACUAAAGAAGCAGUCCCGGCAGUGGCACCAGCCAACGUCAGCGGAGGGAACGGCCGCAGGCAUGAACUGGUCAUCUCGUGGGAGCCUGUAUCCGAGGAGUUCCAAAAUGGUGAGGGCUUUGGGUAUAUCGUUGCAUUUCGUGCCAACGGAACCAGAGGCUGGAAGGAGAAGAUGGUGACUUCAGCGGACUCUACUACGUACAAAUACAGAGACGAGACCUUCCCUCCUCUUACCCCGUUUGAAGUGAAGGUGGGAGUGUACAACAAUAAGGGGGACGGGCCGUUCAGCAAAGUUGUCAUCAUCCACUCUGCGGAGGGGGAGCCGAGGGAUGCACCAUCUGAUGUGAAAGCGUACGGCAUUUCUUCAUCAGAAAUUAGGGUCACUUGGAAACCGCCCAAUCCGGGCCCCGGAAGACCAAGAGGAUAUGAGGUCAGCUACUGGAAAGACAUGGAGCAGGAAGAGUCGGGGAAAAAACAAAGAACUGUGAAAAACGAAACGUCAAUGGUGUUGACAGGACUAGAGGGCAACAGUCUGUAUCUCAUCAGUGUGAAAGGCUUCAACAGCAUCGGCCAGGGUCCUGCCACUGCUGCUGUCACAGCCAACACCAGGAAGUCCCCUCCUGCUCAGCCGCCAACCAACCUCAUGUGGAUCCAGGAGGGCAACAACGUGUCUUUAAACUGGGACCCAGUGAAGGCUACAGACAAUGAAUCGGAUGUCAUCGGGUACAUGGUGUUGCUCAAGCAGGAGGGCAGAGGCCACAACCAGGUGACCAGAACCAUCAACCCUUCCACCAUGCUCUCACUGCCAGAGGGAGGCACCUACAUCAUCGAGGUGCGCGCCCUUAGCGAAGGAGGAGAGGGAGCGCUCAGCUCCCAGGUCCGAGUGGUCACCUCCUCCGGUGUUCGAGCAAAAAGCAACCAGUGCUCAGUGCACUGCCUGCCACAGCGCCUAACAUGGACAGCACUGCUCCUGGUUCUUCUGGUGCCUUCAGCUUCCUGGUGACGCCACUGUGCCAUCCUCAUUUCCAUGGAGGGAGCCACCAGUCUUUCGCUCCCUUAUUCCCUCUGACUGCCUGCCUGCUUUGGCCUUCCCCAUCCCAAAGGGGCCCCAAGGCCUGCCAAAGGGGGGUUGAGUCUGCCAAGUUAUCAUGCGGUUCUUCAGAGUUCAUCCUUCCCUGUUUCGUUUGAGGCCCUGGACAUUUGAUUUGCACAGUUCUUUCCAACAUCACGGUAGUGUUGUACUGUAGUGUACAUUGUGCGGAAAGAUUUUGUUUCAUCAUUUAAUCACGUGUUCCUCUCAUUGACUGGCAUCUAACCACUUCCAGACUGCUCCUACAGCUCUGGGGCUCUACAGAGCAUGAACAAUUCCUUGAAAGCUGCUGUGGUAGUAAUACAGGGAUCAGCCGGCCUGUUUCUUUUCAUUACUUAUCUGCAUCAAUUUACCCCUUGGCUGCCUAACAAGCAAUGCAGCAGAAGCUCAGUAGAGAUAAGUGCAUUGUUUUCUUAUUCACACAUUGAGGAGAAAAAAAGUUUUUUUAUGGAACCAAGAAUCUUACUAUUUCCAGACUUGCUUUUUGUACAUUGUGUUACCUUUAGAGAAAAACACAGUGGUGUGUGUCAGCUAUGUCAAACUCUCUGUUUUUUGGUAGUGAUUAAGCAAUGCUUGGUGAUACAGUUUGUUGACUGUUGGAUGUAUGGAGAUAGGAAACAGGUUCUUACCUGUAGUGCCCGAACACAUCAAUAGACGAAGACAACUCUUGGUGUCAGUACAAAUAAAUGUGAUGUAUAUUUUU